AUGAUGGUAACACUGGCGAGUCCGGAAGAACUUCCAUCGUCAAGAAGCGAAGAUGAUGAAGAUCAUCUCAAAUUUGUGAGAAGGGAUGGCAAAGUUUUGACGGAAGACGGAUGUAAUCUUUUGGAAAUGGAUAUGGAUGAUCCAGCUUGCAGACAAUUUAUCUUGAUUUCAAAGUUUAUUUCGGUCAUGGGACUUUGCUACAAGCCUUUUUCCAGUUUAUACACUGGUGUUUUUGAUUUUUACCAUUCGGUCUAUCGCUUUGAUCCGAAAUCUUCGGGGAGAACUUAUCAAUGGAUCGUCAUCAUUAUUCAAGCACUCGUCUCACAGAUUUUCUUGACUCGAGUGCAAAUGAAUCUGGGCAUUCCGAGAUUUUUCCAUACACUGAAGCAUUUUCAAAUAGAUGAUGGAGGAUAUUAUGAUAAACUUCGCAACCGUUCAAUAUCCAAUCAUACUCGUCGAUUUCUCGUUCUUUUUGGAACUGGCUUCAUCUCCGUCAUUUUCUACUUGACUGCAGCGAAACUUGGUUUUGCGACUGCAAUAAUUCAUCCGAGUUUCUUAUAUACUUUCAUCUAUCCAGAGUUACUCUGGAUUCGUCAUUUUCUCAUUUUCUACAGCUUACAAGUCUGGACGAUCGCUUUACAUGUUUACAUGUGCCUUGCAAAUAUCAUGUAUUGGGAAGCGAAGAAGUUUAAUCGAAAACUCAGAGCUUUAAACACUUCUACUCCAGAUGAAAUGGUGAAAAAAGUGGAAGAGAUGAUCCUUCUACACACUCAUUUAAACAAAUGUGUUCGAGAAUUGGAUCGGAUAUUCAAGAUCUACGCGUUUUUGAUCAUUUGCUCAAUUAUCCCUUCUACAUUAUUCACACUAACGCUCGUUUUGACAAGAGACAGCCUUUCUGGACUAAUGCUUUGCAUUCCAACAGUUUUGAUGUGUCUUUAUGGCUACAUCGGUGCCACUCUUACCCCUGCCACUUUACAUGAAGAGUCAAAUGCUCUUCCAAAUCUACCAACCGGGCAUUUCCGACAUCUAAUGCUAGAGCUUGAAAAUGCAGAUAUCCUUCAAACAACUCGCGAAAACGCCCGGAUUUCUUUUCGUGAAAUUCUAAGCAAAUCAAAAGCAACACUUUGUAUGAAUAACAAUCUCUGGGUGCCAUUUGACGAAAAAGUGAACAAGGUAGCUCACACGUUGGUGAUGCACUUGGAACAAGCCGAUUUGGGGAUUUCUCUUUGGGGCUUUGCACUCGUCACAAAACCAAUGAUUCUUACGACAUUUUCCGUGAUGAUGACUUGUCUGGCUUUCUUUUUGGAGUUUCGCCCGAAAGAGACCGCG